AUGUGCGUUGACAAAGAGCAUUGUAAAGUAAGUGAUUUAGAAAAACAAUCAACUGACCCAUCAGAGUUCCCCGAUACCGAUUCAAAAGUAUCAAAAAUUGGUAAGGUUGCAUUUAUUGACCGAAUCGCAGCUAAACUUAAAGUUGAAACAAAGGGGAUUGAGCCUAUAACUGAUGCUGAAAAAAAUGAUUGUUCUAUCCUGGGUUCGGCCUCAAUUUGGUUCUCCGCCAACAUGGUUAUAGCUGCCUUUGCUUUAGGUUGUUUGGGGCCAACAGUCUUUUAUCUUAACUUCUGGGAGUCAACAAUCACUAUCAUUUUCUUCUCAAUUUUGGGUCUACUUCCGGUUGCUUUUUUCUCUGUAUUUGGGGCUGAAUUGGGGCUAAGACAGAUGAUAUUAUCUCGCUAUCUUUUAGGUAACAUUACAGCGAGAAUUUUUGCGUUGAUAAAUGUUAUUGCCUGCAUUGGUUGGGGUGUCGUCAACACUGUGGCUUCCGCACAGCUACUACAUAUGAUAAACCCAACUGGCUCUAGGUGUCCACCUUGGGCAGGAUGCUUGAUUAUAUCCAUUUCAACUAUUCUUAUCACUUUUUUUGGUUAUAAUGUUAUCCAUGUUUACGAACAGGUUUGCUGGAUUCCCAACUUUGCCGUUUUCUUGGUCAUAAUUGCACGCUUGAAAAUAUCUGGUAAUUUUGUCACUGGCGACUGGGUAAGUGGAAAAACGACUGCUGGAGAGAUUUUAUCAUUUGGCGGUAUUGUGUUUGGUUUUGCAGCAGGCUGGACUACAUAUGCUGCAGACUAUACUGUAUACAUGCCAAGAUCAACUAGUAAAUUGAGAAUUUUUUUUACUAUGGUUAUUGGCCUAACAUUACCGCUGUGCUUUACAAUCAUUUUAGGCGCAGCUGCGGGAAUGGGAACUUGGAAGAGUGAUAAGUGGGCAGAAAAUUACAAUAACGAGGGAGUUGGAGGCUUAAUCUAUGGUAUUCUAGUUGAGAACUCUUUACAUGGCUUUGGUCAGUUUUGUUGUGUUCUUUUAGCUAUGUCUACAGUGGCAAAUCUUAUCCCUAACAUGUAUUCCAUAGCCUUAGGAACUCAAGCACUUUGGGAGCCUCUAGCUAAAAUCCCUAGAGUAUUUUGGACUUGUUUGGGAAAUUUACUGACUUUAGCAAUUGCCAUCCCUGCAUACUACAAAUUUAACACUUUUAUGUCGAAUUUCAUGGAUGCUAUUUCAUACUACUUAGGAAUCUACAUUGGAAUUUCUUUGAGUGAACAUUUUUUUUAUAGAAAAGGAUUUAAGAACUACAGGAUUAAUGACUGGAAUGAUUGGAACAAGUUACCAAUUGGGAUUGCUGGUACUGGUGCUCUCGUUUUAGGUGCCGUUGGUGUUGCUCUGGGAAUGGCUCAAACCUACUGGGUUGGUGAAAUCGCUGCUUAUAUUGGAGAAUUUGGAGGAGACAUUGGGUUUGAGCUUGGAUUCGGAUUUUCAGCACUAACCUACAAUAUAUUGAGACCUAUUGAAAUCAAAUACUUUGGACGUUAG